CGGCCGCGACGCCCGUAUUACUUUAAAUUCGGACCUGGUCCACAACACGACAACACCCCCCUGCCCAGAGGCAAGCCGCCCACCCUGCUCUUGGCAGCGCAAGCAGCUAGCAGUGCCGUGUUGCGUCGGCCCCUUCAAAUGGCCCAGACGUCAGGCUCAACGACAUCGUCGCACAAUUUAUCGCCCUCACACCUUCACCUUUUCCCUUCGCCGUACGACCGCGACUACUACUACGACGAUCAUUCGGGCGCAAAAUCGACAUUGAUACGGACGCCCUCGACAUCUUCCAGCGGCAACAACGACGACAAAGGCGCCAACGAGCUAGAUGACGUCGACUUUCCCUUCGUAAUUCGCAAACCGCCAGAAGCGCAUCAAGAAGGGGACACGAAGCUCAUUGGCCUUGGCGAUUUCGCCAGCCACCAGACGGAUAGAUUCAGUGGCCGCCAGAGCGACGACGGUUACGGCCACCCUGAAGACGACGACGCUCUCGUGGUAGAGCAAGAUCCCGCAGGGAUGUCUAGCUGGGCGGGACAGCCCUCCAUCAGGGGGAGCUCCGAGGCCAUGCGAAUGAUCCUGUUGACUUUCAACACCCUGGGUAUCACCUUCACGUGGGGAAUUGAGAUGACUUAUUGUACACCAUACUUAUUGAACCUCGGUCUCACAAAGAGCAACACUUCGCUGGUGUGGAUCGCUGGACCAUUAUCGGGACUCGUAGUCCAACCUAUUGUGGGAGCGAUAGCGGACGAAUCCAAGUCGAAAUGGGGCAGACGGCGACCGUUCAUCGUGAUAGGAUCAAUCAUUGUCGCAACCAGCCUGCUGACCUUGGGCUUCACAAAAGAGAUCGUGGAGUUCUUCGUCUCGGACAAGGAGACUGCCCGGAUCUUCACCAUCAUCCUAGCAGUGUUGGCCAUUUACUCCGUGGAUUUCGCCAUCAAUGCUGGUGCGAUUCAUAAGCCUGCGCGCAAGCCCCUCGUUGUUCCAAAACUAAUUUUUGGCACAGUCAUGUCUUGCGCAAGAAGCUUGAUCGUCGAUACCCUUCCGAUUGCGAAGCAACAGACCGGCGCCGCGUGGUCUAGCAGGAUGUCCGCCAUUGGGCACAUGCUGGGUUAUGGAGCUGGCGCCAUCGACCUAGUCGGCAUUUUUGGAACGGCAACGGGCGACUCGCAAUUCAAGCAGCUCACCCUCAUCGCCACGUUUUUGAUGGUAUUUUGCUCUGGCGUGACCUGCUGGGCCGUUACCGAGCGGGUCCUGGUGUCGACGAGACACGACCCCCGCAAGGCCACCGGGCGGUUCAAGGUUUUCCGCCAGAUCUGGUCGACGCUGCUCCAUCUCCCCCCCCGGAUCCAGGCCAUCUGCUGGGCCCAGUUCUGGUCCUGGAUCGGCUGGUUCCCGUUCUUAUUCUACAGCACGACGUGGGUUGGCGAGACGUACUUCCGAUACGACGCUCCCGCAGAGGGCAAGGACUCCAAAGAUGCCCUCGGCGACAUUGGCCGCAUCGGCAGUCUGGCGCUGGUCAUCUACUCAACCAUCACCUUCAUCGGCGCCUGGUUCCUGCCCAUGGUCGUCAAAUCGCCAGACGACGAUCACUUCACGGCCCGACCACCGCAGACCAUCGCGCCGAUCCUGGAGAGAUUCAACAAGAACAAGCCCGAUCUCAUGACCGCCUGGAUAUGCGGCCACCUUAUGUUCGCCGCGGCCAUGUUCCUCGCCCCCUUUGCGCAGAGCUUCCGCUUCGCAACGUUUCUCGUCGCCUUCUGCGGCUUCUCCUGGACGAUCGCCAUGUGGGCGCCGACGACCUUCCUCGGCGUAGAAGUCAACAAGCUCAGCGGGGCCCGCGAAGGAGGGGGAAGCGGGACGGCGGCCUACCGCCGCCUGUCAAACGACUCCAACAUUGAACUGCCCACGCUCGGCCACGACCAGCCGCUCCACCUGGAACACGGCCCGGACGAAGGCGGUCAGCAGACGACAUCGUCUACCGGCGAGCUGUCGGGCAUCUACUUUGGCAUCCUCAACAUCUACACGACCCUGCCGCAGUUCAUCGGCACCUUUAUCAGCACCAUUGUCUUUACAAUUCUAGAGCCGGGCAAGAGCCCCGAGCUCUCGGACGCAGCCAAACACGAGCAGCACAACACCGACGCACCCAACGCCAUUGCCGUAUGUCUGUUUAUCGGUGCCAUGUGCGCGGUGGUGGCCGCGUUCGCCACGCGGAAGCUAAAGUAUCUCUGA